UCAUCCUUCAAAGUGAUGAGGAACUUAGUGACAAUCUCGGACCACGGGGUGUUCACUUUGUUUGGCGUGUUCGGAAGGAUCUGAAGGACAAUAGCAUUGAUACUGGUGCUUUUAUCCUGACCUUUGAAAGGGAUACACUCCCUGAAAAGGUCAAGAUUAUGGUUUAUCAAUGUGACAUGAAGCCAUACAUCCCACCAUGUAUGCGAUGGCUGGCCGGGGUGGCCGAGCGGUUCUACACGCUACAGUCUGGAACCGCGCGACCGCUACGUUCGCAGGCAGCUUCCUGGAACCAAGAGGCUGAAGAAUUGUGCAUUGCUGUCAGUUAGAAGAAUAAUAUUUAUAUGCAUUUAAAAGAGCUCGUCUGCCCAAACACACAUCCUGCAAAAAUGCAAUUUGAAAGUGAUUUACAGCUACCAGAGAAAGUGCUAAAAUACGAAGCAUUCAUAAAUGAUGUUCUUAAAGAAGACCUGAAGAAAGUGCAUGCACGGCAAGACCAUGUUACCACAGAAAUAGCUGAAUAUAUUCAGCUUAAAAACACUAUUCAAACACUGAAAGAGGCUGACAUGGUUAAGGAUGGAUUUAAGGCGAAAAUGAAUUUGGGAUGCAACUUUUAUGUGCAAGCAAAUGUAUCUGAUCCAAAGACUAUGUUCAUAGAUAUUGGUUUGGGACAUUAUUUGGAAUUUACACUGGAUGAAGCUCAAAAAUUUAUUGACAGAAGAUUGGAAUUGCUGUGUCAACAAAGCAACAAACUGAAGAAAGAUAGUGCUCAAACCAAAGCAAUGAUUAAAAUGGUGCUUGGAGGUCUGCAUCAACUCCAGUCAGAGAGUGGAAGUGCAAAGUAACAUUGUUACUACAUGGUCUGUUACAGAUUGACUUUUAACUUAUUGUGGUAUACUUUUGUACAAUUAUAUUAUUUUACUUGAUUAA